GGGGGUUCGGUGCCGACAGUGCCGCCACAGCUCUCGGAAGAGACGCCCGUGAUUUUGCACCCCCGCUCGAGCAGAAUUUACCGGACUAUACGACGAGGGUGCACCACGGCUCUCUCUCUCUUUUUCUCUCUCUCUCUCUUUCUCUUUCUUUCUUUCUUUCUCUCUCUCUAUCUCUGUCCCUUUAUCUUUCUCCCGCUCGAUCCUUUCCUUUUCUCUCCAACUCCCGCUCGAACGUCUUCUCUCUUUACCGCGGACUGUCCCUCUUUCUCGCUUCCGGCUUUUUUCUUCGUCUUCACCGUCGUCGUGCCCUUUGCCCGGCCGUAUUAUUCGCGUCGCGACCACCGUCGUACCUCGCCGGAUGACGAAUGACGAGUGAGUGCUGACCGUGUGGGGGAUACCGCGGAGUCGAUCGCGUUGGUCUCACCGUCGAUCCCGACGCCUCGUGGUGGUGGGUGCUGCUGGUGAUGAUAGUGGUACGCUGAUACGAGCCGACCACGCUGCUCUACGAGAGCGCGCGAUCGUGCGUGGGCGGACGCGCCUUCCCUUCCAUCUUUAUCCCGGCCGGUGUACACCUUGAUGAACAGCCUGACUAAUCGCGUCCUGGCCGCUUAGUCACCGAUGGUUCGCCCUCGGAGUCCUCCUCGCGUGAUUCCGCCGCGAACGCGAACAAACGUUGAGAGGAUCGGGGUGAUCGACUGGCAGGCGACGACGCUUCGUGUGUUUCCGACGUGCACUUAUUCAAAUUUCACCCUCGCGCAAAGCGGAAAGUAAAAAACGAGAGUCCGCCAACGACCAGGAAUAAGAAGCAGGAAUGCGCGUUUCCGCGCUUCCGAACUGCUGAUCGAGCUAUCGAUCGAGGGACCGCGCUGCAAUAUCACGAUUUACAUGACGGUUUACGUGCCACAGUGACGUGGUUGAUGAUCGAUGACGACGCGAGUCGCGAGGGCUCACGUGGUCGACUUUCACUCGCUACCACACGCAUAUAUUUAUCAUUAAAUUCACCUGGACUGUCGGCGAAACAGCUCGGGAUUCUAAGGGCUGGUAGACGCGGCUGGUCGAUCGCUUAUAGCAGGUAGUACCAUGACACUCGACGGCUGCCGACAUUCCAAGUGAGCUAUGUGCAGGCACGGACUCCUUGACCUCUUAAAGUCGCGACACGGCACAAGGAGUAUACCACGCGAGUAUGUGUAAACCGCUCUCGACGAUGCGGCGAGGAGGAUAGGCUCGUGAACGACGGUAUAACUCGAGGAGUUAGCGAUCGAACCUUCUGUGAUCUCGAGAGGUUCGUCAUUCGGCUCGAAAAAUACCGUCGAAUCGUGCCUUGCAUGCGCUUUACCGUCGCCAACUGUGACACGGCGUAAUCUAUCAAGACGCAAUGACACGCGUCAUUGUUUCCGACAAGCGGGAUCAUUAGAAACUUCAAAGUGCAGGAAGCAGCCAAGAAAUCUCCGUCGCCAUCCGUCACACGCGAACGCUUUCCGGUAUCGGUCGUCAAUAAUAAAUGUACCGGGUAUUAUCUAUUUAUCUAACAUUUUAACGCGAAGGGGGAAAACGGACCAUCGUGUAGUGGAGUUUUGCAGCACAGUGUAUCAUAUAUCAAUCUACAAAGCUGCUAUCUUUUGUAUUGUGAACUCCCGGCCUCGGCUCGCGUGGUCCCGUGCGCGUUUCAAAAAGAAUCAUAAUCCUCUGUAUUCGAAAGAAUAUUUUUCAAUACGGAUUCUACGACAGUUAAUUGACGAAAAUGUAAUCGUCGAACGUGAAAUUGUUAGAAAAGGAUGUCUCACGCGAGCUUUCGCUGGCGUUGCGACGAAAGUUGAGCCAGCGUUCCGAAAUAGCCGAGAUGCAAUCGCAAUGAUCGAAGCGUCGUACAAAUCGACGAGAUAGAGAAAGACAAAUCGGUAAGGCGGAAUUGCAGGCAGCGCGAUAUAUCGCGUAAUCCCAAACGUUUCAAAAUCCUGCUAGUUGGUCGACCGAUAACAACGUGGUGGCGAUCGAUCGGCAGCGAUAGAGCACCGAGGUGAUCUAGCGAUAGCAUGAGGCCGACGAAAGUGGUACAGGAUCGAAAGGGAUGAUCGAGCAAAGGUCCCAAUGACAUCUCGGCGGGGCGGGAGCGAGGGGUAUAAAAGUCCUCCCAGCCCUCCGAGCAGCGGUUCGGAGGACAAUGGCUUCACGAAUCGACCCCGGGUGGCCGGGCUCUACGUGAAGAACUUGAGCAGAGAGGAGUUGGAUGAGUUGGCCAAGGAGGGAAUUUACGGGCCCACCGGGAAUCCGAACGACCGACCCAGAGACAGUGGUAGUCAGAGGAGUCUCGAUAUUCCGGCAAGUAGCAGGGACUUGGACGGUCAGGAUCAUCUUAGAGGAGCGACUUCCAGGACACCUCAGCCACCCAGAAGAUCCGGCGCCGCAGGCAGAUAUCGAGAACCUGGUGGCGGAUUAUCGGAUUUAACACGGAGGGAUCAUCAUGGCUCGCUCCCGAUGGAAAGAAGUUGGCCGAGGCGACCGGAGGAUCGUCCCGGGCAGGCUUCGCCGGAAAGGUUUGCCCACCGAGGGUCCACCGAGUUUCCUGUCGGCUGGAGGGAGUCGUUCGUACGUUCCACCGCUAGCGCAUCGCCCAGAGCAAGUUCCAUCGACGUGCGGGUUACCGGCGAGGAUCUCAGGGUGCCGGCCCCGCGCCGUUUCGGGGAAACUCCAAGGCGCCCUGAAGUACCCUUGCCCUUGCCCCGUGUCUCUUCGUUAACAGGAACCAACGGGGAUCGGAGGCAAUCGCCGCCACCAUACGCGGGUUUAAGUCCGCCCAAGUAUACCGAGUACGAGGAACCGAGUUCGCGGGCAGCCAAGAUUUGCCCCAAGACUGCGACGAGAGUCUACCAAGUCGAUGACAAAGAACGUCCGAGUUCGCCGUUGUUGGAUGAGAACGAGGAGCAUCCGCAAGCGUUGGCAAAAUCGUCGGAUUCGCGCGUUGACGCCGACAAGGCAGACAGAGUUACGAGUCCGUCGGGGACGGAAAAACUGACCUCACCGGAAUCCAAGAAGAGCGAAUCCCCGCCGAUGAAGAGAGUUGGUUCCAGGACGCAAGACAGCACGAGGCUGCGGCCACCGUUGGCCGGAACCGCCGGCACCUCCGCCGAUUCCGGCACCGGCGAUUCCGGAAGCGCCGAGAUUCAGGCGGACGUCGUGACACCGCAGGCCGCGUCGGGUGACGUUCUCGACAUCCGGGAAUCCAAGAUCGAGGGCAGGUCGUCCGGUGCGAGAACACCCGGCAGCAAGGGUGGCAAGCAAACGGUCAAGCCGUUCACCAAGGCAAGCAGGUUGGAGAACAGGACUGUGCAAUUAGUGCGCGAAUAUGGUUUUCAACCCAAGAGAAAGAUGUCAGUGGAAGAUGGCGCGGUACUGCCAAACAAAUUCGAACCGUUCCCAAACGAUCUCUAUGGCAGGCCAUUGGAGGAGAUCGACAAUUUUAUCUACGACGAGACGUUCUGCGUGGUGUCCAAGAGGUUCCGCAAGAACUACAUUCAUAGGUUUACGGCGACCAACAGUUGGUUCAUAUUCUCUCCGUGGAAUCCUAUUCGGCGGUGCUGUAUCUUCCUAAGUACGAAUCAGUACUUCGAUUACGUGGUCAUGGCUACUAUCCUUCUUAACUGCGUCUUCCUAGCCAUGACCGAAACCGUCGAGGAAGCCGAAUAUAUCUUCCUAGCCAUAUACACGGCGGAAAUGGUGAUAAAAUCAAUCGCGAAGGGAUUUAUACUGAACAAGUACACUUACCUACGAAAUCCCUGGAAUUGGUUGGACUUCGUGGUGAUUACCAGCGGAUACGCCACUAUUGGGAUGGAAGUCGGGAAUCUGGCCGGUCUCAGGACGUUCAGGGUGUUGAGAGCACUUAAGACUGUAUCCAUUAUGCCAGGUCUAAAAACUAUCAUCAACGCGCUGUUACACAGCUUCAAGCAACUUGCCGAAGUAAUGACGCUGACAAUUUUCUGCCUGAUGGUUUUUGCACUGUUCGCCUUGCAAGUUUAUAUGGGCGAACUUAGAAAUAAGUGUGUAAGGCAUCAAGAGCCGAAUGCCACACAAAUCGACUGGAAGGAGUGGACUUGGAACUCAUCCAAUUGGGCGUUCAACGAGGACGAGGAGCCGAUCAUCUGCGGCAACGUAACCGGCGCCAGACACUGCAACGAGAGCUACACUUGUCUCUGCGUUGGCCCUAAUCCAAACCACGGUUACACCAACUUCGAUAAUUUCCUGUGGUCGAUGCUCACAACCUUUCAGCUGAUUACCUUGGAUUACUGGGAGGACGUCUACAACAAGGUGUUGUCAGCAUGCGGACCUAUUAGCGUCACGUUCUUCACAAUCGUCGUUUUCUUUGGAUCAUUUUAUCUGCUAAACUUGAUGCUGGCCGUCGUAGCGUUGAGUUACGAAGAAGAAGCCGAGAUUACGAACGAGGAACGAAGGAAAGACUUGACGGAUCACCGUGAGGAUUCGACGUUCAGUUUCGAUCCGUCGAAAAUCAACAUUAAGACACUGACGAAAGAUAAACAGAAGAGGAUAGACGCCCGUAAAGGAGUCUUGCUCAGUAGUUAUACGAGGAAGAAGACGCGUAGAAGAAAGCGUGGGAGGAGCAGCGUCGGUCACGAGAAAAACGGUGGUGCACGCAGCAGAUCCAUUACACCCAGCCCGAGUCCAAGUCCCAGGCACUCGAGUGUACGACCUUCUCACUUGCCGCUCCAGAACAUCAGUCCUAGACCGCCGGAACCCAAUACGGUUCACCGACUGGCGCCAAAUCGGGGUAUGCUGCACUCCAGGCAAGCCAGCAACAAUAGCAAUCAACAGUCGUCUUUGGAUGACUCCGGGGUGGUGGAUGACCACGACGGCGACGAUGUUACAUCCGCCGAGGAGCACGAUAAGCGAGAGUUGCGGGAGCAUCGCGCCGAGAAGUCACAGGAGAAAUCCCCGAGGGAGCACAGCAGGGUCCAACCGGCUCAACAAAUGCGCCCGGAUUGCCCACCUGCGCCGGUCACCGUGUCGGUGAGGACUGGCAAUCGGGAGAUUCGAGUGCUCAAGUGCAACGGGGUCAAAACCAAGAAACAUAUGUACGCGCUGCCGCCAGAGUACCUGUCGCACAUUGUAGUUUUAGAUGAUCUUCCAGAUAGAAACUGCGAUAAGUGUAUUCAAUGCUGCGUUGAUUACGAAGGAUGGCUGAGAUUUCAGAACUGCCUGUAUAAGGUGGUGAGAGAUCCUCUGUUUGAACUGAUGAUCACCCUCUGCAUCGUCUUGAAUACUGGCUUCCUGGCGAUGGAGCACCAUGGCAUGAGUGAGUCGAUACGGCAGGCGCUCAACAUCGGCAACAAAGUGUUCACCAGCAUCUUCACGUUCGAAUGCUUCCUGAAACUCCUGGCGUUGAGCAAAGACUUCUUCAAUAACGGGUGGAACAACUUCGACUUGAUCAUCGUUUCUGCGUCGCUUAUCGAUUUAACGUUUGAGCUGGUAGACGGUCUUUCGGUGAUACGUGGUCUCAGAUUGUUGCGCGUUCUGAAGCUCGCGCAAUCCUGGACGACCAUGAAGGUCCUCCUCAGCAUCAUCAUCUCGACGAUAGGCGCGCUCGGUAAUCUUACCUUUGUGCUGGUGAUCGUGAUUUACAUAUUCGCUGUGAUUGGAAUGCAGCUGUUUAGCAAGGACUACACCUUGGACAAGUUCUAUCCGGAUCCGGUACCGCGAUGGAAUUUCAACGAUUUCUUCCAUUCGUUCAUGAUGAUAUUCCGCAUUCUGUGCGGCGAGUGGAUCGAGCCGCUGUGGGACUGCAUGCGUGCCGAAAGGGACGACGGGCCGAGUACGUGCUUCGCGAUCUUCCUACCGGCUUUGGUGAUGGGCAACUUUAUGGUCCUCAAUCUCUUCUUGGCGUUGUUGCUCAACAGCUUCAAUUCCGAAGAGCUGAAGCAGAAGAAAGAGGAAGUCGGCGAGGAAUCGAAGCUCGCGCGUUCGUUCGAUCGCAUACGGUCGAUCGUACGUAAGCAGAAGCACCGGAAAGAGAAUUCCGAGAACGAGAAGAAUAUCCGGUUGGAGCAGAUCGUGCGCGAGGUGAUGGACAAGUCCGACAAAGAGAAGUACGCGAUCCAGGAAACCGUACUGAGCCUUCCCAAAGACAAUAUUUAUAAUAGAUCGUAUCAGGAGAGUCUCAAUCAGCCGGUCUUCACGUACGAUCCGAUCUAUCGUCAGGCUACUCUCACCACUUACAGUCAGAGCAGUCAGGAGAUGGUCAAGGAGAAUAAAAAAUUGAGUGAGAAGGGCAACAGUAACGAGACCAAUCCCGAAGAGAGUAUAGAGCUGGAGGUACUCAAGGAUGUCAACCCGGACGAGGAAGUAACCAUGUUGCCGGAGGAGAAGCCGACCAUUCGAAACGAAGAAAAUAUCGGAAAGCGUCCUUGGCAUACCCUCGUAAGUUACGUGGACGAACUGACGGUCGGCGGUAGAAAAGACAGUAAGGGAAGAUACAUCGACGGAUUGGGCUCGUUUCCCGGAUUCGGCAGAAACAAGCCACCCAAGGAACCGCUUGAUUGCUUUCCCCAACACUUCUAUCAAAAGUGCAGCUGCAUCAAUCGUUGCCUCGCCACGGAUCUCGGCAAGAAGUGGAUAAGAGUUCGUACGGCUGUCCUGUCGGUCGUGGACACGCCCGCUUUCGAAUGGAUGAUCUUAGUUUUAAUUUUCGCAUCUUCCAUAACGCUGUGCUUCGAGGACAUCUAUUUAGACGACAAUCCUUUUUUGAAGAAGAUUCUCUAUUGGACCAAUCUUGGCUUCUGCGCACUUUUCAGCGCCGAGAUGCUCCUGAAAUGGCUAGCCCUAGGCUUCUGUAAAUACUUCACCAGUUUCUGGACAAUCCUGGAUUUUAUAAUCGUUUUCGUAUCCAUGUUUAGCCUUUUGAUAGAAGAAAAUGAGAACCUUAAAGUAUUACGAUCACUGAGGACACUACGCGCUCUGAGGCCGCUGAGAGCGAUCUCGAGAUGGCAAGGCAUGAGGAUCGUAGUGAACGCGUUGAUGUAUGCGAUACCUAGUAUAUUCAACGUGCUCCUCGUCUGUCUCGUGUUCUGGCUUAUUUUUUCGAUAAUGGGCGUCCAGUUCUUCGGUGGCAAGUUCUUCAAGUGCAUCGAUGAAUACGGAGAAAUGCUGGAUACUUCGAUAGUGAACACCAAGGAGGAGUGCUUCAGCAAGAACUACUCCUGGGAGAAUAGUAAGAUCACUUUUGAUCACGUUGGCAUCGCUUACCUGGCUUUGUUUCAAGUGGCGACCUUCGAGGGAUGGAUGGAAGUGAUGGAGGACGCUGUGGAUGCGAGGGGGGUGGAUCUGCAACCUCAGAGGGAGGCGAAUCUAUACGCCUAUCUCUAUUUCGUCAUAUUUAUUGUCUGCGGUUCAUUCUUCACGCUCAAUCUCUUCAUUGGAGUGAUUAUAGACAAUUUCAAUAUGCUGAAGAAAAAGGUGAGCGACGAUCUAGUGGAAUCUUAACAUUUUUUUAAUAUUAUUCCAUUCUUUAUCGCGUGAAAGAUAGAUGGUUUAUUUCGCUAUUUUUUUAUU